AUGGCGGCGACUCCCGGGAGGUGCCUGCGCGGCCCCGGGCGAGACCCCCGCGGGCGCGGCCCAAAGGCGGCUGCAGUGCUGUGGCGGCGCCUCCGGGUGUCGCUGUUGGCCGCCGCCGAGCGGCGCUGGAGCCGCAGCCGCCGCCGCCGCAGCGUCCUGCCCCCGCAGGCUGCUCGCUCGCCCGGCCAGUGGCGGCCAGAGCGGCAGCGGCACGGGCAGCAGAGGCGAGAGGCGGCCAGAGCGGCAGCGGCGGCGUCCGAGGAGGUGGUGGCGGUGGACGCGGACGCGGGGCGCAACGCGUGGCUGUCGUACGAGCUGGUGCAGGCGUCGGAGCCGGCGCUGUUCCGCGUGGGGCUGCAGAGCGGCGAGGUGCGCACGGCGCGGGCCGUGUCGGAGCGGGACGCGGCCAAGCAGCGGCUGGUGGCCGUGGUGAAGGACCACGGGCAGCCGGCACUGUCGGCCACGGCCACGCUGCACGUGGUGCUGGCCGACAGCUUGCAGGAGGCGCUGCCGGAGCUGAGCGACAGAGACGAUGUGUCCCAGCUCACAUCUGAUCUAAACCUCAUUCUUGUAGUGUCGCUUUCUGUUGUGUCCUUUUUAUUCCUUUGCACGGUCUUUUUUGCAUUUUUCUUUAAAUACCGACGGUCGAGGGGCCCUCCCAUUUUUUUAACCUCUGAUAAGGAACUCUAUUCCAGCCUUGGCUCAAAAGCACCAUACAACUACUGCAGCAGCACGCUGCCCUUGCCCUACUCCUAUGAAGUGUGUUUAGCCUCCAAACCGGGUCAGAAAGACUUCACGUUUUUGAGACCAGGGACUGCAGCACUGUCUGCUCAUCUCCUCGCCUGUGAACCCGGCCCAGGCACUCAGUCCGGGAAGGACCCUCCUAGCCCUGGGAGCUCGGCACAGGUGAGCUUCUGACUUAAGGUUUUUCUCUGCGGGUUUGUGUGAAUCUUCUUAAGGUCUGGAGCAC